AUGGAUAAUAUCCAGAAGAAUAUCGUCCUUGUUGCCAAGAAGUUGGCUCAAAGCACACAUUUUGUGCUAAUUGCCAACAAGAGAUGGGUGGUGGGGGUUUUUGGUGGAUCGCAAGCUUCGCCGACUGUUGGAGCGACGAUCGUCGUCGCCUGGAGGUAUUCUAAGUCUGCCAAAGGAAAUACAAUAGUUGUUUUAUAUUGGGAUAUCUACAGGGGCUACCAACCUAUGUUGGGAUUCGAAGUUGAUGGAGACUGUGAAGAAGGGAGUAAAUUAACGGGAAUGUUUUACACAACAGGAUGCGUUUGUUAUAAUGCAGAACCGCAUGAGAAUCCCUCUAUUUUCAAUGAUCAGAUCGGAGUUGUUAGGGAUGAUUCAAAUGAACUUAUUAAACAUUAUAUAGGGGAUGGACUCCCUGCUUCUGCUGUGCCAGGACUGACUCGUAAAAUCAUUGUAUCCCGCACGUCGGUCCGGCCAAAAGCCUGCAAUCAAUUGACUGGGAGGUGCAAGGGAGGCGGUUUGGAGUCGCCUCCAACAAAUAAGCUCCACAUGUCCACUCUGGGAGAACGGAAGUUCUCCCAAAAACCCAUGGGACUAGAGGCUUGCAACCUGCCCGUGGGUUUUAAAUUUCAUGCAAAAAACAGUAAUAGAAAAGAGUCUCCUGACUCCGGUAGAAAGCCUGGUACGGUAGCGCCAGGUAGGACGGGGUUGCAGGAGUCAUGUAGGCUACCGAAACGGAAAAGGACUAGGAUGACGAUCUGUACUUAUAACGCACGCACUCUUGCAUCGGAAGCGGCCAUCGAAGAUCUGAUGGUGCAAGCCAAGAAGAUCAAGUACGACGUCAUCGGACUGACCGAGACGAGACGACGUCACUCUCUCAACGCUGUAUUUGAAACUGGAGAAGAACUGUUCUUAGGAACAUGCGACAGUAGAGGUGUUGGUGGAGUUGGCGUCCUCGUCAACACGAGUAUGGCACAGAACAUCGACUCUUUCGAACAACUCACGACCCGAAUCGGACGUCUGCGGAUGAGAAGAUGUGGUCCCACACCGGCUUUGACUAUCUUCGUCGCUUACGCUCCAACAUCAAGCUACGAAGAAGAAGAAGUCGAAGCUUUCUAUAUGGACCUGGAGAAGUUCUACCGAGAAGAUCAUGCCUUUUACAAGGUCAUAAUUGGCGACUUCAACGCCAAAGUUGGCCCAAGAAGAACGCCGGAGGAACUUCACAUCGGGACCCACGGCCUACAAUGGAAUGACCAGGGGAGAGGCUUUCCGAGUUCAUCAUGA